UGUGGCAGACACUGUCAGGCACGAAGGGAAUAAGUUACUGCGUCUCCAGCAAGACCGUUACCGGGCACAAACCUUGUUGUUCUUCUUGAUUAUCUGAACUCGGACGAACCGUUAUACACAGAGUGAACAUGACAUUAUUUUGUCAUCAACUUUUCAUCCUAUGGAUUGUUGUCACAGUGUUGUCUUUAUCUUUAGGGGCAGAGUCCAACACCCCGACUCCUGGCACACACGAAAGUCCUGGGCCCACAGAUACAUCCACCACCAUCUUAUCCACAAAGACCGCAGUCUCCACUGAACCCAGCUCCACCACCAUAGACCGAGCCACCACCACCCAAGACCUCUCAACUGUCCUCCCUAGCACUGAUGGCACUUCACCCACAACAGCAGCCGUCUCUACAACUAAAGAGGUCUCUACUACGACAGACCUGACCUCAACUUCUGAUACGACAGAGUCUACUGGAGCAGUCGGCACCACUACGACAGAAACAAGAACUAUCCCGUCGGUCAGCACAGCAGAGAUGACUUCCUCCCACAAGACCUCGGCGUACACUGUCACGUCCCCUGAGUCGACGGGAAAAGACAGUCAAUCUACAGACAGUGGCAUGACAACACCCACCACCACACCUGCCCUUAGCAGAGGGGUCUCUCUGUCUACCACGGAACAUGCCGGAACCUUUUCCUCUGUCACCACUGAGACAGGACGUACCUCAAACACAACUCCAGACAUUGUCCCAACCAGCAGUACCAAAGAGCCAGGCACACAUGAAACAACAGCCAUCAAUGCAGCUACCACAGAUACAGGUACCAAAGACAGUGAGACCACAGGUACAGGGAUCACAAAGUCCACCAUCCCACCAACUGGUCAGACCUCUCUCCCAGUAACAGAGGGUAGUACCCUGUCUUCAACACGCCCCUCCUCCACUACAAAGGGCCCUGAGACCUCUCUCCCAGUAUCACAUAGUACCUCGCCCUCUACCUCGACCACCGCCAAUACAGAGGGCUCCCAGGUCCCCACUACAAAGGGCCCUGAGACCUCUCUCCCAGUGACCGAUGGCGCCACGUCCUCAACCCCCACAGCUACCAUUACAGGGAGCCCUCAUACAGACAAAACCACUGGAACAGAGGGGAUUACCGAUUCUACAACCACAGCUGACACUCCAGCCUUGCCCCCCACCUCCGGCUCUUCCUCCAGCCCACCCUCUCCAGACUCAACCCAAACACCAGGCAGCAGCACUGAGGCCCCCAUAGACACCUCCACCACCACCCCUGCCCCCUCACCCACCAUCACACCUACAGGAGAAACCCCUGGACAACCAACUAGCAAAACUAGUGAGAGCCCACUUCCUCCUUUCCACACCUCCACCUCCCCCCCCGGUGGAAUCACCACCCAGCCAGAGUCAGCCAUCACUGCUACCCCGUCCCUGCCACCACCCAUCCCCAUAGUGUGUCCCUCCACUCCCUGUCCGUAUGAUAGCAUCUGUCUCAAUGGCACCUGCCAGUGUGUGUCUGGGACCUUCCUCUUAGAGGGCCGCUGUGUACAAGCCCAAGUGUUCUCUGGAGACCUGCAUCUCAACCAGACAUUUCAGGCUGAAAUGAGCAACCGGUCAUCAGUGAUAUUUCGGCAAACAGCAGCCAAGAUCUCAGAGGCACUGAGAACAGCCUUGGAAAACGAGUCUGGGUACAGCCAGACUGAUGUCGUGCUGCUGAGGCAAGGCAGUGUGAUUGCGACCGUGAACAACGUGUUUAAACUAGGCUCCAGUGCCACCCAGACUUCGACCAAUGGCGCUAUAGAGAGAGCCAUACAAGCCUGUGGGACAUGUGGGACUAUACUGGAAAGUGCUACAUUUACGGCCACUGACCUAUGUGAUCAGGCCCCCCUACCGUGUGAUGUCCACUCUACUACGUGCAAAUACAAAGAAGAUGGAGUGACCAGAUGCUUCUGUAAGGCUGGCUACAUCAACAGCUUCUACUCAAACCAAAGCUGCACAGCCUGUCCCAGUGGUCAAAGGUCAGAGGGAGACACAUGUGUGCCAUGCCCGUUUGGCUACGCUGGAUUCAACUGCGCUGACUCGGCUCUGUUGGCAGUGGUGGUCAUCGCCUGUGUACUGGGGGGAGUCCUUCUCAUCAUGCUGCUGGCCUUGUUUGCAUAUUGCUGCUGGUACCGGUCGCAGUCAGUGAAGAAGCCUUCAGCAGAGUUCAGCAGCCCGUACCCUGUGGAGAACAUCCAGGGCCCCUGGUCCACCACCCAGGGCAUCACCCCGAUCCCCCGGGCCAACACCAACUGGGCUUCAGCCCCCAUGGAGAUGACCGAAGGGGGCAGCACACACCACCUGGUCGACAUGAAGCCCCACACCAACGGAGCGGGAUUCCACAUCCUGCCUAAACGGGGGAAGAAGACCGGGUCGUAUGACCUGACCUCAGACAGCAUGAACACGUUCAAGGGGAAGAACCAGUCUCGCUACUCCUACCUGGUGCAGGGCCACGAGAACCCUUACUUCAUACCUGCAGAUGACAGGAGACCCGUAUGAGAACCACAGUGACGUCUGGAGAUAAGGGCCCGUAUUCACAAAGCGUCUCAGAGCAGAAAUGCUGAUCUAGGAUCAUUUUUGCCUUCUUUAAUCGCAAUGACCAAAAAGGGGAGACCGGAUCCUGAAUCAGCAAUCCUACUCUUAGAUGCUUUUUUAAUAUUUGCCGUUGAGAGGAGAGAAGAACGGGAUAGAGAGAGGAGGGAAGGCUACAGGGAAGAUGGGGGUGUGUAUCGGACAAAAAUGGCUGAAGAUCAAAUUGAGAAGUCACUGACUUCUAGUAACUCUGGGUAUAGGUACAUCUUCUCACUGUAUUUAUGUUGAACUAUGUAGAACUCUGUGUAUACCUUUUCAUCAGGAUGUUCGGAUAGAUGCCAUGUACUGUGUAGGACAUCUGUAGUAAUUUGUGGUUUACAAUCCUUCAUGGACUGGAAUCAUUCAUGGUUUAACGGCACAACUACAAGGGACUUGACACCAGGGUUUUAAAUAUGUUCUUCUUGAAUCCAUUAUCAAAAUCAGCUUUAUGAUUCACAACGAUCUGGGGUCAAACAUUCACUGACUUCCCAGGGAUUCACUUCAAUAAUUGACAGCACCAAAGAGGGUUGUGUUCGCUAUAAAUUCACGGUUUUACUUUUGAAAUGUUCCGUUCAUCUGAUCAUAGUCUUUAUCCUGUUCUGCAAUACAUAGAGAGGAUUCUGAACAAAAAAUAAAUGUCAUAUGUUUUAUUUGUGUCUAUUAUGCUGAGUUUAGACUGGCAGCCCAAAUCCUAUAAUUUUUUUCUCACUAAUUGGUAUUUUGAAAAAGAUCUGUGGUUGGUCAAAAGACCAAUUAGUGGGAAGAAAAAGGUCAGAAUUGGACUGCCUUAAACGCAGCCUUAUUAAAUGAAGACUGAGCUGAAUAUAGCUUGUUAUAGCCAGUAGGUGUCGCCAUUGUUCAGGGUCAAGCUUUUCAUGUUUUUUUCUCAGCAGUAUGCUGGUAAGGUUAGUUACCUGUAUGUCUAUGUCUUAUUGAAGAGAUUACUGAUAGAUUUUAUUGAAGAUUGGUCAUUCUGCAUUGUAGUGUCUGCGCUCUCACAAUCAACGUAGUAUUUGAAAGUGAUUAAUCCCUUGCUAAUUGCACUAAAUUAUGUAUUGCGUUUCACUAUAUGUGAUUUGUUUGGGUGGGGGGAAUCAUAGACACAUUCUCAGCAAGAGCUAAUUUAUUUUAGUAUUUUUACUUUAGGAUUGAAUGUGUUUUCAUGAGGAGAGCUGUGUGUAUGAAUGGCUGAAGGAGCUGGAUCCCUAGUUUAGGGGUUUAUACAGUAAAGGGAUAUUUUGUAUUAGUCUUGUCUGGAGCUGAUAGACCUACUCUACAGUCUAUUAGUUUGGCCUGGAGCUGAGUAGACCUACUCUACACUCUAUUAGUCUGGCCUGGAGCUUAGACCUACUCUACAGUCUAGUCUGGCCUGGAGCUGAGUAGACCGUCUCUACAGUCUAUAAGUCUGGCCUGGAGCUUAGACCUACUCUACAGUCUAGUCUGGCCUGGAGCUGAGUAGACCGACUCUACAGUCUAUAAGUCUGGCCUGGAGCUGAGUAGACCAACUCUACAGUCUAUUAGUCUGGUCUGGAGCUGAGUAGACCUACUCUACAGUUGAUAAGUCUGGCUUGGAGCUGAGUAGACCGACUCUGCAGUCUAUUAGUCUGGUCUGGAGCUGAGUAGACCUACUCUACAGUUGAUAAGUCUGGCCUGGAUCUGAGUAGACCAACUGCAGUCUAUUAGUCUGGCCUGGAGUGGAGUAGACCUACUCUACAGUCUAUUAGUCUGGCCUGGAGCUGAGUAGGCCUACAUUCUCUAUUAUUAGUACCUUCCCUGCUGAAGCUGUCUGCAUCUGCAAACGUGCCUGUUUCGAUCGGUCUUUUUGAAGAAUAGGAAAAUUAUGCAAAAAAAAAGCUCUCGACCAAGCUUGUUCUCGGAUGUGCCAAUUACCAUGUCUAUACAGUUCCGCAAAACUCUGAUGUAUCUGGAAGUCUUUCAUGUGUCUGUGUAUUUGUGAGUAUGUGUGUCAUGGAGACAGUGCACUAUUUUCUAAAUGUAUAUACAACUUUUGCAAAUGAAAUGUCUUACUGCAGAGAAUGUAAGUGCGAUGAAAAUAAAUACAUU